UUUUUGUGGCACGCAAUAAUUUUUGCCUCAUUACGUAUAACAUACUGUAUAUAUAGAGAUGGUAGUAGGAAAGAAUACCGCCCAAAUAUCAUAUCAUACAUUUUAUUCUCUCAAACUAAUUGAUUGAUUAUACAUGGCCGAAAAAUUGGAUAAGAAGGCAGCUAUCAAAACUGCCGGAAAAUUGGAUAAGAAAUCAGUUAACAAAACUUCCGGAAAAUCGGAUAAUAAAGGAUCUAAUAACAAAAUUACGAAGGGAGUUAUCACUACUGAUAAAUUAGAUAAAGCUGAAAUUAAAAGGAUUUUUGAUGUCUUUGAUUAUAAUGGUAACGGUAUCUUGUCCCUUGCUGAAAUCGAUAAAGCUGUUAUCGAAAUUUAUCCACAUCUUGCAGAAGAUAAACCUGCCAUAAUGCGAGCCUAUAAAGCUGCCGAUACUUCACAGGAUGGUUUUAUUGACUUCAAAGAAUUCGGACGCCUCAUCGAUCUUCUUCAUUAUUACAACAAUCUAUUUCAAAUAUUUAAGAAACUUGAUAUAGACAAUGAUAGACGUAUUAAUUUUAAUGAAUUUAAGAAGGGAUAUGAACUUAUGGGAAUAAAUGUAAAUUCACCUAAAGAACUUAAAUCAAAAUUUGAUGAGAUUGAUACAAACCGUGGAGGUUAUAUUCUUUUUGAUGAGUUUUGUACUCAUGCUGCAAAGGUAAAAUUGAUAUCCGAAAUACCUCAAGAU